AUGGACACGGAAUUCCUGAGAUACAAAUUCGAAGAUGGACACGACGGAGUCAUAACGAAGACCAAAUUCAAGAUUGGUAUACGCCACGUCCAAGUUCUUUAUAUGAUCCUGUGUUCAGUCGUGAUGGGAAUCCUGCGAGGCAGCACUGCUGUUGGCAUAUUGGCUAUUUCUGAUUCUGACCGUAAUAGCUCUUUUGUUGAGAUCCACCAUUGGUGCAGACGAGUCCAGGGUACAAUCCUAUCCUCCUUCUUCUUCGGGUAUGGCUUAAGUUUGAUACCAGCUGAGGUAUACCUUUCUCAGCUUGGAGAGAAGUUUGUUCUAACUUCUGUUCUUCUAAUUAAUGGUGCUUUCUCUUCUGCGAUGCCUAUCAUUGUGAACAAGGGCGGUUGGAUAGCUACAUGCAACGCACAGUUUUUGUUAGGCAUGACUCAAGCAUGUUUGACUCCAGUGAACCAGAAACUGAUCAGCAACUGGCUUCCACCUCACGAGAGGUCAUCAUCGAAUUGCUUAGUGCAAGGAGGUCUUAUACUAGGAAUUAUAAUCGGUCUGCCAAUAUCCGGUAUGUUGACUGAAUCUCGACUUGGUUGGGAGCUGGUCUUCUAUUCGCAAGCUAUGAUGGCGUUUUCCAUGGCAGCCAUAUGGGGUCUGUUGACAGCAAGUUCACCGGAUAACCACAAAGCUGUCAGCGACUGGGAGAGUGAUUUCAUAAAGGAGUCUUCGAAGCUAUAUCGCAAGAAAACGUUGAAAAACCCAUGGAGCUGCAUCUUGAGUACUCGUCAGUUCUGGGCUAUAGCCGGCGCUCACGCUGCAACCAAUGUCAUCUUUACAUUCUUUCUGGUGGAUAUGCCAGCGUAUCUGAAGAAUCAUUUAUCAUUGGUUGACGCGACAUUUCAAACAGCUCUAGCAUUCGCUGCAAUGUGGGUAGUUUACAUUUUGACAGCACCAACUCUCGACUGGGCGUACCGCAUUCGACUUGUCGAUCACUUCUUCGACACACGGCAUUUUAGGAAACUGAUCAACGGGUUUGGCGUAUUGUGUAUGUUAAUCGGUCUAACAAUAUUACCAAACUGCGUACCUGGAGAUCAGUGGAGUGUCACAGUUCUGAUGGCAACAUUGGGGACACUAGGGUUGCAGUACUCUGGAUUCCUCGAAAAUCACAGAGACAUGACACAAAAUUUCGCUGAAACUUUGUUUGUUAUGACAAGUGCAGUUGCGAGUGUCGUUGGCGCAACUGUUCCUUUGCUUACUGGAUUUCUUGUGUCUCAUGCAGAUGACACAGAUCAAACGGGCUGGAGGAUAAUGUAUUUCGUUUUGUCUGGCUUCGUUAUCGCGUCUGGUGUUUUUUACACGGCCUGCGGGGACAGCGAUCGGCAGUUCUGGGACGGUCCCCGAAAUAAAUUUGGAUACACGAACGACCCGAGUAAUCUGGAGUUGGAGGAAUUUGAAUCAAAGAGUUAA